CUCAUGUUUAUAUUCAGUAGUUUAAUAUUUAAUGUUACAAUCACAUUUCUGUAUAGUGAACUUUUGUUUUUUUGCAGACGAGGAAACACAGGACUUAAAAUGGACUGGUUCCAUUGUAACCAGUGCUUCAAAAGGAGUGGGGCGAUGUUUGCUAUAUCCAGCUGUGGCCACAUCUGCUGUGAACCAUGCAUUAAAUCUAAGCAGUGCAGCGUAUGUGGGGCCAGCUGCAGUUAUCUGCCCAUCACUGAUCAGAUGAAGCCACAGGAAAAGGUGUUUUUCAAGGACCCUGUGAAGCUCAUCCAGUCACGGCUGGAGCACAUAUCACAGGUUGCGCUUUUUCAGCGGACACAGAUGGAGAGAGUCUCAGUGCACUUCAAGCACAAGUCUGUUGAAAUGGAAGGGCGUCUGAAGGAAGUCACUGAGCAAGGCUACAGGCAACUCUCCGAGCUGAAGAGAGAGAAUGCCGUCUUAAAGAAGCAACUUUCAGAGCUGGAAAGAGAGACUGCUGAACUUAAAAAGCCACUUUCUCAGAGGAGGGUUUCUCCAGGACAGUUUCAAAUAAAUGGUGCUCAAAGGAUGUCACUUCCUGUCGCUGUCACCUCCCCAGUUACCCCUCGUUUAAGAACUAUCAGUCAAUUUGGUACAGCAGAGUCCCAGGGGUGGGCCAGAGACAGAGGUCCCAGUCUCUCCUCCCUCACAACUCCUGGAUCAGCCUCUGUUUCCAGCCAUAGUUCUCUUUAUGAACACGGACGCAGAACACCCACAUCCUUCAGCACCUCUGCAAGAACUCAGCAUCAGACUCCUGGUUUCCAGUUCCAGUUUAUGAGUGGAUUGUCAAUACAGUCUCCCAGGCAAUAAUGAAACGGCACUGUGCCAGUGACAGUCUUUAGCUUUUGUGCUUGUUAGGACUGUCACGUCUUGUUCAGAGAUACAAAUUUGUUUUCACCUAGAAACAGUUGGCACAAGUCAUUAAAUAUCUUGGAUACUAAGGAAUAUAGAUAUUUUAUAAUUAUUAAGCUAACAUGAACAUUGUACCGAUGUUACCAUAUUGAUCUUCUGUUAAGGAAUUAAACUGUGGCAACAAAUUUUAGAGACAUUUCUUCAGAUUAAUUUCAGCCACUCACUUUCUUUUUUUUUGCUCACAACACAGAAUUUACAUUGAUAGUUUGAUCAGUCAUACUCAGCUGGAUUCACUACAGCACACAAAAAACCAUCGCUGUCACACAUGAUUAUAAAGGCAAAUCCUUUACUGGUUUCCAGUGACACAAUUGUCAUAUGAGAUUUUUUUUUUUCAAACUGUGAAAAAAUACAUUGAAUACCACCUGCAAAGGUGGAAACCAAGUGUUACGGACAUUGCCCCACAGUAUGACACUUGCCUUAACCUUUCAUGACUAAUAAGAUGACAAAACACAGUGAUGCAUACUGCUUUGUCAACAUUCUGGUCAACUAACCUCUGUCCAGACAUUUCUAAGGAACUAAACUCUUGACUCCAUUUAAAGUCGAUCCCCUGUAGAUCGACUAAGUACGGCUCUUCAGUGUGGAGUUUUUUUCUUCUUGCAGCACACAGCAAUGUAUACAUGACCGGAGAACUCAAAUGUAUAAUGUUGGUACUAUCAUUCAUAAUCUGAGUUGACAGAAAGAGUGGUAAUUUUUGUUUGGAUUCAAACCCUUUGCUACUUAUACAGUAGAUGGACCCCCAUCAGUUAUGUACUUUGUCUAUCUUUUAAACCAUCAAAUCACAGCCUACACCUAUUAAGACAAAAGAGAGAAAACUACUGACUGAAUCAAUGAGUGCAAAUCAAAAUUGAAAUAGGCAAUUCUGAUAUCUGUAUUAUAUCAAUGUGAUUGCUGCUUUCUUAAUACUGUUAACCUUUACUAUUAAAAGGUGCAGUUAAAUGCAAAUGACAAACAAAGU